AUGCGAUACAACCUCAUCCAAAUGAUCCUGCGCAGCGUCGCUCUGCUCAUGACGCUCCUCCUAACGGCUCUCAUCGGCAACGUCAUGGCGUCAAAUAUUGACGCCGCAGGCUCUGCAACGGCUGCCGUCAACUUUAUCAUGUUUAUCGCCAUUGUCUGCUGGAUCGUUUGCAUCGUCGGCCUUCUCGCUUUCUUUGUUUCAGCUCUCGACAAACCACUCAUGCAGCUACCAUUGGAUGGCAUAGCUGUUCUUUUCACCUUUAUCGGUGCUAUUGUUCUUGCAGCAAAGCUACGUGUCGUCAACUGCGGAGAUAUUAACCCCAAAGCUCUGCCUGGAGACUGGAUCGCCUGGGGCUCAGCAAGUGAUGAGGGACGGUGCCGUCGACUACAAGCAAGCACUGUCUUCAUAUGGUUCCUAUUCGCCUGCGUGUCUGGAAGUCUCCUUUUGACCAUCAGAACUGCACGCAAUCAGUUCGGCUCGCUCCGCAGUGCCGCUUCACGGCCAUCAAUGUCUCAGAUUUCUUCAAGCGUCUGA